AUGUCAAAAAAAUUUUUGAUGAAAAAUUACAAUAAAAUGGAAAGAUCGCAAUAUUUUUGUAUUGUAAUUCUGGUUCUGCUACAAACAAGUUUUUGCCAAGAAUUCAACAAUGACAAUGAACUGGAGAGCAACGACUUUGACUGGGAUUAUUUAGUCUACUCGCAAAGAUGGCCCAUCACAGGAUGUGCGGAAUGGGAGGAGAAAAAUAAAGCCAACACAUGCAACCUGCCGAGCAACAAUUCCAUAUGGACAGUGCACGGGCUGUGGCCCAACAAAAUCGGCAAGGAAGGCCCUUUCAACUGCCCAUCGGCCAUACACUUUGACCCUACGCAGUUGGAACCAAUCAUGGACGAGUUGAAGGCCAGAUGGGUUAACAUCGAAGCCAAUACCAACGCGAAUUCGUUUUGGAAGCACGAGUGGGACAAGCACGGCACUUGCGCGUCCCAGAUACCGCAAUUGAACAGUAUUGUGAACUACUUUAGCCAAGGGUUGGAGUUGAAUUUAAACUACGACAUCCCCAGCAUUCUAUCUCAGGGUGGUAUCGUACCCAAGGAAACUGGCUACAAUGUCCAUGAUAUUAACAAGGCUAUAAUGUCGACUUUGAAUAAAAGGCCUGUUAUAGAAUGCGAGGUGGAUAGGAGAACCAAAGAAGUCUUACUCAACGAAAUUAGAAUUUGCUUUAAUAAAUCCUUGGAAUUGGUUGAUUGCAUGCCUCAACAUCCCAUACAUUUUAAUGAUUCUGGGGAUAUGUUGACUAAUUGUAAACUCGAUAAACCUGUUAUGUAUUAUUCUGAGCUGCCCUCAUAUUAUGCAGACUUUUACAAUGAUUUUACAUUUUACGAGGAGUAUGACAAAAAAUUAAAAAUACAUCAACUACAGAGACAUUACAAGUUCAGAGAGGACUUGCUGGAUCUGUACAAGUUUGUUAAACUCUUGAUAUGGCUCUCCAUAUAA